CUCCAACUCAAUCCAAUACACGCACCCGAUUGAUUGACGAAUGUCCCCCACGCAGGAACGCGGAAUCUAGCACGCCUUCGCCCUUGACGGAUUCAUUUUUCUCCCAUACGCUGUCAUUCUUGCCGCGUGAGAUCAUACAAACACCUCUUUCGUUGCGUUGUUCCCUUCUCACCCUCCUCAUGAACGUCAACCUCGCAAACUCUACCACCGUCGCUGUCCGCUCUGUGUCACGCCCAUUCACUAUUACUCGAUAUUCUGUGUCGAUCUCGAACAAAAGUCUUCCAUUUCGCGCCCGGGGAAGUCCACCUUGGCCAUCGCAAUUCCAAAUCCACUGUCGUCGGACCAUGUCUUCCACGGCGGCCCUUGAGGCCAAGUUUGCGCCUGCGAAACGGGUCGCAGGCCAAAAACAAGAUGUGUGGUCAAUUGUGAACGAAGCUGCAGCGGCUAGCCCUGUUCAGCCCAUCGUCAACAUGGGACAAGGGUUCUUUGGCUACAAUCCUCCCCAGUUCAUCCUCGAUGCCGCAAAGGGUGCCCUUGACAGGGUCGAGUGCAAUCAGUAUUCCCCCACCAAGGGUCGACCUAGACUGAAGAAGGCUCUGGCCGAUGCGUACUCCCCAUUCUUUGGCCGAAGACUAGACCCAGAGACCGAGGUUACCAUUACUACUGGCGCAAAUGAAGGUAUGUUGAGCGCAUUCAUGGGCUUCAUUGAACCCGGCGACGAAGUCAUCAUCUUUGAGCCUUUCUUCGACCAAUAUAUCAGCAACAUUGAAAUGCCCGGUGGCACCAUCAGAUAUGUCCCACUCCACCCACCCAAAGAUGGAGCGCAAAGGACUUCGUCUGCGGCAAACUGGUCGAUCGACUUUGAAGAAUUGGAAAAGACAUUCAAUUCCAAGACCAAGAUGAUUGUCCUCAAUUCACCCCAUAACCCCGUUGGCAAAGUCUUUAGCAAGGAUGAAUUACAAAGAAUUGGUGAUUUGGCCCUCAAACACAACGUCAUCAUUCUCUCCGAUGAAGUCUACGAUCGAUUAUACUAUGUCCCCUUUACUCGAAUCGCCGCUCUGUCCCCUGAACUGGCCAACAUCACCCUCACCGUUGGAUCAGCGGGAAAGAACUUCUAUGCGACAGGUUGGCGCGUCGGUUAUCUCAUUGGACCUCCUCAUCUCAUCAAAUAUGUCGCCGCCGCUCAUACCCGAAUUUGCUAUUCUAGCGUCUCUCCUCUACAGGAAGCAGCAGCCAUUGGAUUUGAACAGGCUGACAAGGAAGGCUUCUGGGACCAAGCCGUCACCGAUAUGAAAGCCAAGGUGGAUCGGUUCACUCAAGUAUUUGACGAGCUCGACAUCCCUUAUUCCAUUCCCGAGGGAGGCUACUUUGUCCUGGCCAAUCUAUCCAAAGUCAAAUUGCCCGAAGGUUAUAGCUUUCCCGACCAUGUCAAGGACCGACCUCGAGACUUCAAGAUAUCAUGGUUCCUGAUCAUGGAGCUGGGUGUUGCUGCCAUUCCUCCCACCGAGUUUUACACUGAUGAGCGAGCACAUCUUGCCGAGGACUGGAUGAGGUUCGCCGUUUGCAAAAAUGACGACGUCUUGGAUGAUGCGAAAGAAAGAUUGAGAGGGUUGAAAAAGUAUUUUGCUUGAUCUGGCACUAGAAGUGGCAAGGGUCUCCCACAGACGGUGGCAAUCAUCUUAUGAGGUUUGACAACAGUGCCGUCACAUCUCAUGGACUGCAUGCGGGACCUAUAGCAUACGGAUUAGAGCUCAAAUAUAAUGUAGGUUAGUCAAGUUCAUCACCUGGUGGCUAGCAACGAUCAGCGAUGAAAAG